AUGGAGGCAUUGUCGAUUCUCAUGAUUCCGUGGGCGUAUAUAAUGGCCCUAAAAGUAACAGAAUGUUUGAAUUUAGGUUCUUCUAACCAGAAGACCGGCUCAAAAAACGAAACUAUGCUCUUGAAAAUUCCCUUAGUUCUCCUCUCAUCCUUGCUUGUCAGCCCAACUUGGGCUAAGACUUAUAGCAGCGAUACAACAUUGACGAAUGCAAACUUUCCAGCAGAACCAAUUACCAUCGAUGAGGAUACUUAUUUGCUUAUGGUUGAUAGUCAAGGCUUAGUUUUGACUAAUUCUUUGAAUGUUGAAGGCCUGCUUUUCGUAUACAACGAUGCUAAAGGUGCUCCAUUGAGCUUUGCGGGUGCAGUUUCAUCUAUUGAAAACUCUGGAAAUUUUGUUAUCUUUUCUGAAACUGGACACACUUCAAGAGUUGAAAUCGCUAGUGGUUCCAUCACCAACUCGGGUAUUUUUUAUAUCAACAGUCAAAAUGUGGGCCGGAAUCAAUUCUCUUUUGCUGCUCCUAUUACCAAUGAGGUUGGCGCCUCAAUGGUUUUCAAGCUGUCACCACAGGUACCAAUCUCUAACACAGCUUCACUUAACUUUGCCGGGCCUUUUGUAAAUAAGGGUCAAGUUUGUUUAGUUAAUCAAGUACUUGCAGCUUCUCCUGGUUUUAGUGGAACAGGUUGUGUAAGUGUUGGCGAAAACUCUGUUUUUACUGCAUCUACUUAUGAUACCAACCAGGUUAUUUAUCUUUCCAGCUUAUCUUCGAAAUUGGUUAUUUCUGCUGGAGCUGGUACACCAACCGUCACCGGAUUUGGUGACAACAAUGUUAUACAAAUGAACUUUGCCUCUGAUUCUCUGUUCUUUGUACCUACAUAUGAUGGAACUAAACUUACUGUUACUCCAAGUAAUCUGAACUCCAAAAUUUCUGUUGUAAUUGGAUCGGGAUACUCUGGAGAAUUCCAAGUGAAGCCUGGCCAGCUUCCUGGCCAAGUUCUUGUUUCUUAUUCUGGUUGUUCAGGUAGUAUUAAUUCUAUUUGUAAGCCAUGUGUUGGUCAACCCCCAAUCCCUGGUGCCACAACUUCGACCGCUGCUCCAUCAUCUAGUGCUGCUCCAUCAUCUAGCGAUAUUCCAUCCUCUAGUGCUGCUCCAUCAUCUAGUGCUGUUCCAUCAUCUAGCGAUGUCCCAUCCUCUAGUGCUGUUCCAUCAUCUAGCGAUGUUCCAUCCUCUAGUGCUGCUCCAUCCUCUAGCGAUGUUCCAUCCUCUAGUGCUGCUCCAUCCUCUAGCGAUGUUCCAUCCUCUAGUGCCGCUCCAUCAACUAGCGAUGUUCCAUCCUCUAGUGCUGCUCCAUCCUCUAGUGCUGCUCCAUCCUCUAGCGAUGUUCCAUCCUCUAGUGCUGCUCCAUCCUCUAGCGAUGUUCCAUCCUCUAGUGCUGCUCCAUCAACUAGUACUGCUCCAUCAUCUAGCGAUGUUCCAUCCUCUAGUGCUGCUCCAUCAACUAGUACUGCUCCAUCAUCUAGCGAUGUUCCAUCCUCUAGUGCUGCUCCAUCCUCUAGUGCUGCUCCAUCAUCUAGCGAUGUUCCAUCAUCUAGCGAUGUUCCAUCAUCUAGCGAUGUUCCAUCAUCUAGCGAUGUUCCAUCAUCUAGUGCUGCUCCAACAUCUAGCGAUGUUCCAUCCUCUAGUGCUGCUCCAUCCUCUAGUGCUGCUCCAUCAUCUAGCGAUGUUCCAUCCUCUAGUGCUGCUCCAUCCUCUAGCGAUGUUCCAUCCUCUAGUGCUGCUCCAUCAACUAGUACUGCUCCAUCAUCUAGCGAUGUUCCAUCCUCUAGUGCUGCUCCAUCCUCUAGUGUUGCUCCAUCAUCUAGCGAUGUUCCAUCAUCUAGUACUGUUCCAUCAUCUAGUGCUGCUCCAACAUCUAGCGAUGUUCCAUCAUCUAGUGCUGCUCCAUCAUCUAGCGAUGUUCCAUCAUCUAGCGAUGUUCCAUCAUCUAGCGAUGUUCCAUCAUCUAGUACUGCUCCCUCCUCUAGCGAUGUAUCUAGUGAAUCCAGCUCUUUGCUCUCUUCCAAUUCUCAUGUCAGUAUCUCUACUCUGACAGUUACCAAGACAGAAGAAUCUACGGCUGUUAUUACUAUCACUUCUUGUUCUGACAACAAGUGUACCGAAGUUCCAAUCACCACAGGUCAAACUGUUGUCACUACCACCAUUAACGAUGAAGUAACUUCUUACACUACUUACUGUCCACUCUCUUCUGAUGACGUAACCAAAACUGUUCCUUCAACUACCGUGAUUACGAUUACGUCGUGUUCUGACAACAAAUGUACCUCAGUACCUGUGACUACAGGGCAAACUGUCAUCACUACUACGAUAGAUGAUGAAGUCACUUCAUACACCACAUACUGUCCAAUCACUUCAGAACAUAGUACGUCAGCUCAAGAGACCGCAUCUUCUUUUGCUACUACUUCUUCUGCCACUAUUGAAGCCGCUAGCACUUCUUCUGCCAAUUUUGAAACCGCUAGCGCUUCUUCCGACACCGUGGAAACCGCUAGCUCUUCUGCCACUGUCGAAACCACAACUAGCCCUACUACCACUGCUGCUUGUAUGAAUGGAGAGUGUACCGUGUCUACGAUUACCACUGGUGACAUCACUAUUACAAGCACUUUGUACACCACUCUUCCAGAAAUUGAAUCUACUUCUAUUGCAACCUCUGAUGUUAUUACUUCUUCCACAACUUCUACAUCAUCGCCAAGCACUUCAGCUGCCAUAGUUCCAGCUAUUUCUGAAGGUAGUUCUUCAAACUUAAGAUUAUCAAUUUCACCUAUCAUGGUUUUGUUCUUGACUUACUUUGCAUUAUAA